AUGGUUGAGACAAGGGAACACAGUGUCGAGAAUCAUCAUGCUACAGAGGGUGAUCGACCUCACAACAACAACGACGACGGAGAAAACUCUUCCACUGGAUCGAAAGUAGAACAAUUGACCAAUAUUCCUAUUCAAGCAACCCAUCAGGAUGACGACCUCAAGAAGAUUCCUAUGGUCGAACCAUUCACUUCCAAGCAACCCACCGUGGAGGACAACAAGAUUUCUGCACAAGAUCCAACAAAACCAUCUUCACCUUCCAAUCUUGACAAUCAUUCACCGCCACAAGAUAAAUACUAUCUUAUCACAAUCAUUUUCUUCUUACAGGGAAUGGGUGAAUUAUUUCCAUGGAAUGCAAUGUUGUCUGCAGUUGAUUAUUUAUUGAGAUUAUAUAAUGAACAAAAAAUUAUGCUUGCGAUGACCUCUGCCUAUUCUAUUGCCACAUUGUUGACCUUAUUUGUUCUAAUCAAAUUUGGAACAUACAUUCCAUAUAUAUUUAGAAUCUACGUCCCUUAUUUCAUAAUCACAAUAUUGUUAGUCGUUGUACCGUUGUUAUAUGUUGUGGUUGGUAAUCGAGAAAUUGAAUUUUAUAUCAUUUUGGUUGUGGUUGUCUUGAUGGCCUUUUGUACUGGAAGUAUUCAAAGCUGUAUUUUUGGAUUAUCAAGUAAAUUACCUCCUCGGUAUAUGAACACUGUUGUGUCAGGAAGUGCAUUUGCUGGAUUAUUUAUUACUUGUUUAAGAAUAUUGACCAAAGUCACCAUUGAGAGUGGAUACAAUAGAAAAGUUCCUAUUCGUGUUCUUUCCACAUCUACCAUUAUUUAUUUUGCAGUUUGUGCAUGUUUGAAUGUGGUGUGCUUGAUUACUUUUUUUAUCUUGACAAAAACUCGAUUUGUGAAAUAUUAUACCAAUGAUGGGAAUACUACUAGUACCGAGUCUGCCACGAAUGCUGCUACUACGUCCAAUGAAAACGGUGAUUUAAAUAAUACUAUUUCUCCUAGUAAUAAUUAUGAUAAUAAUGAUAGUUUUACUAAAAACGAUAAUGAUAAUACUGUUAUUACUAUUACUACGAGUAAUAAUUGUAUUGAAUUAAAUGAUACUACCUCUACACCAACGACACCUACAACAACUUCAACUCCCACAACUGCGCCUACUAAUGUGCCAGCUACAGCACCUGCUACUACUGCUCCUACAACAACUACACAAAAAAGUCAUCAUGAAAUUACUUCAAUUAAGAAUAUUGUGACAAACAUUGGAAAGAAAAUAUGGAUAUAUGCAUUGAGUGUGUUUUUAACCUUUUUUGUCACACUUGCUGUAUUCCCUGGUUUGAGUAGUAGUGUUGAAACUUAUUAUGUUGGAACAUUGAUGGAAACAUGGUUGCCAGUGUGGACAAAUUUGACCUUUCAAAUUUUUGACUUUGUUGGAAGAAUUGCCUAUUAUUGGAUUGACUUCUUUCCUAUUCAACAUGGACCUCCUCCAGCAGAAUCAAGUUUGAAUUCAAAGAAUACUAGUACUACUACUACUACUACGACUGCAACUGCAACUACUUCUCCUCCAACUCAGAUCAGUGCGACCCCAACUCCUACACAGAUCAGUACUACUCCUAUUCCUACACACAUUUGUACCUCUCCUACUUCAAUCAACAAUAGUUCUAAUCAGUUCCUGAACCAAUCGAUGAAUUCUUCAUUUGCCAAUCCUUCUCCUCCUUCUCCUCCUCCUCAACGCAAGAAAUUCAAUCUAUGGACAGCAUGUCAAGUUGAAAAAAUAGAAAUUGUCAUGUUCUUGAUUGUUGUAUUGAGAAUUUUGUUCAUUCCUCUAUUUAUAUUUUGUUUAAAUCCAAAGAUAUUCAAUCAUGACAGUAUUCCAAUGAUUUUGGUAUUUUUAUUGUCUUUAUCAGGAGGGUAUUUAAAUAGUGUCUUGAUGUCAAAUGCUCCAAAGAAAUUCACAAAUUUGCAUGAAAAGGAAAUUACUGCAACCAUGAUGACCUUCUUUUUAUUAUUUGGAAUUACGUUGGGUUCAAAUACAGGUCUUGGUAUAGGAUUACUGGUAUUGAAAUAA